AUGUUUCUCUCUCAGGCCUGGACUCUACCAUCUGGCUGCUUUAAUGAGAGGCUACGUUUCAGGACAGGAGUCUGGGGCAGCCCUUUACCCCCCCCUCCUCCCCACGACCACCAGGGAGCGCUAAACUGUGAGCACUUUAACCCUGGGCUCGUUUUACAGGGCUGGGGGCUGACUCUAAAGGCCCUGUUCCGACCGGGAUUCAAACCCAGGACCUGCUUGCUCUCUACCUCCCUCUUCCACUUUCUUCCUCUUUCUACCUCUCUCUACCACCCUCUACCUCCCUCUACCUCCCUCUACCUCCCUCUACCACCCUCUACCACCCUCUACCUCUCUCUGCCUCCCUCUACCUCCCUCUACCUCCCUCUACCUCCCUCUACCUCCCUCUACCUCUAUCUGCCUCUCUCUGCCUCCCUCUACCUCCCUCUACCUCCCUCUACCUCCCUCUACCUCCCUCUACCUCCCUCUACCUCCCUCUACCACCCUCUACCACCCUCUACCUCUAUCUGCCUCUCUCUGCCUCCCUCUACCUCCCUCUACCUCCCUCUACCUCCCUCUACCUCCCUCUACCUCCCUCUACCACCCUCUACCACCCUCUACCUCUAUCUGCCUCUCUCUGCCUCCCUCUGCCUCCCUCUACCUCCCUCUACCUCCCUCUACCACCCUCUACCACCCUCUACCACCCUCUGCCUCUCUCUGCCUCUCUCUGCCUCCCUCUGCCUCCCUCUGCCUCUCUACAGACCCGCCCCCUCUGUACCCCUCUGCCUCCCUCGGUACCCCUCUGCCCCCCUCUGUACCCCUCUGCCCCCCUCUGUACCCCUCUGCCUCCCUCUGCACCCCUCUGCCCCCUCUGUACCCCUCUUCCCUUCCUCUGCUCCCCUCUACCUCCCUCCGCCUCUCUCUACAUCCCUCUUCCCUUCUUCUGCCUCCUCUUUCUGCCUCUCUACCUUCCUCUACCUCCCUCUGCCUCUCUCUCUUCCUCAGCCCCUCUCUACCUCCCUCUACCCCUCUCUUCCUCCCUCUCUACCUCCCUCUGCCCCCUCUGUACCUCUCUGCCCCCUCUACACCCCUCUGCCCCCCUCUUUACCCCUCUGCCUAGCUUCCUCUACCCCUUUACCUCCCUCUGCCCUCUCUUCCUCCUUCUACCUACCUCUCCCCCUCUCUACACCCCUCUUCCCUUCCUCUGCCUCCUCGUUCUGCCCCUCUACCUCUCCCUGCUCCCCUCUGCCUCCCUCUGCUCUUCAGUGCCUUCCUCUACUCUCUACCUGCCUCAGCCUCUCUCUGCCCCUCUCAUACCUCCUUCUCUGCCUCCCUCUGACCACCUCUAGCUUCCUCUGCCCUCUCUUCCUCCCUCACUACCUCCCUCUGAACCCCAAAAACCAGAGCUCAUAA